CAGAGGGAAAUCUGUUGUAAAAAAAAAAGAAAAAAAAAAGAAAAGAUUUCACUAUGGGAUCUAUCUGCAACAAUACAACAGUACACUCUCGAAGUCCCCACAAGGGCCACAACGGACAGAAAUACUCAGUUUGGGCCCACUUGUAAUAUCCUCAUACUUUAAAACUCCCUCCUCAAUUUAUAUUCGGAUAAUACCCUGAAUCUCCUCCGUCAAAAAAAAAAAAAAAAAUCACAAAUGUCCUCCUCCGCCGCCGGUGCCGGCGCCGCGUCGAAGAAAGUGUUGCUCUCCGACGACGUCCCAUGGCGAGCUUCUCCCUCCGGCACGAAACCCCUUCCCAGGAUCCACCACAACCCCAUCCUCAAGCUUCCCCAAAACCCUAGCUCCACCUACGCUCUCGCCGUCAUGAAGCAUCGGGAUCCGAUUGGCGAGGGUUUUGCGACGGAGGCGAGGCUGGAGGCGGCGGGGCCGGAGUGCGUUGUGCCUGGUCUGGCUACUCCGGUGAAGUUUCUUGGCUUGAAGGUCUGGCCUGUUGAAGUCGACUUAAAAUUUCUGGAACCUAUGGGACGGGAACUUAAGGCCAUUGGGAAGUUCAUGGAUUCAGCUGUUAGCCUUAUGAAUGCAUCAUUUCAAGAUCGUUAAGCUGUUACAGCUAGUUUGAUGAGGAGUUAAAGCUCGGUAGGUACUCGUGUAGGUACUCGUGUCUAUAAUAGGUUGCAAGGAAAAUGCCAUUUUCAUUUCAGGAGUUACUAGCUAAUAUAGUAUUGGACAAAAGUAGAGAAGUGUACUUAGUUGUUCAGAAAUUGUUUGGCCAGUUUUGCGAUUGUUGUAAUAUUGACAGAACCCAAUGAUACCUUGUUACAGUAUCUUACUAUAUACAUAGCGUAUUUCUUGUGAUA